CUAAUAUCAGUUGGCGUCAUCCAUCGACAGCGCAAUCACAGUUCAAGUCGGACCAUCGUCCGCGCCGCCAUCAUUGACGCUUGCUCCCACUUGUUGACACAAGUAUGAAUCAACCUGGGGCGAACCAGCAUGCGAUGCAAACCGAAGUCCACCAAGUGGCUGGCUUGAUCCAAUCUCGCAUGUGCAGCGAGUUUCAAAUGCACGAGGAGUGCAUUCCAGCGGCGAAAGCUGCGGCUCGGUGCUCGAUCUUCGUCACCCAGGACUGGCAUGAGAACCCUCGAUUGUGUGUGUUUAUGCAGCACGGGGCAGGAGUGACACCAGGCUUGUGGGCGAUUCCGCCUCCUCCGUCGUCACACCAAGGUUCGCCAGCCUCCAUCCAGGCGUUCUCGCACUCGUUGGCGUCCAUGUCCCUUAUCCCAUAUAUCAAAGCUGCGAGAAAGAGUGGGUAUGCCGUACUUGUCAUGAACCCCAGCACGAACCGCAUGUCCGUGCAAGGCCACUCGGUGAAGAUUCUGCAUUCGUCGUCGCCCGAAGAACAUGUCCUCCACGUUUGGACAACGUACAUUCAGCCGUCCGCCGCGAGUCUGAUCCACUUCAUUUCGCACGACACUUCUGGACUCCUCGUGAACCAUCUGCUGUCCCAUCUCGAUCCCCGCCUCCACUCGCGCAUAGGCGGCAUUGUCUACAUCGACUCUCCCCAAGCCAACGUACUGCCACCUCGGCGAAUCGGCAAGGCCGACCACAUGCAGCCACUCCUCGCGCGCCGCGGUGUGCACUUUGAACCGUCGGCCGAGCCCAUGUUUCACCUAGUAACGACCGGCGCGAGUGCCCGAUACUGCUCGACGUUGUCAGUGGGUCGGCUCUCUAGCGAAAACUCGUCGUGUUUGCUGCAGUCGGUCCAAAGCUCCACGUUUGUCUUCCUCAAGUGCAUCCCAAGUGGCCUCCAACCUGCCCUCCAAGCCAUCCGCACGACCGUCCCGAACAAACUAGUGGUCACCGUGAACCGGGCUAGAUUAACUGGGCAGCCGUACAACAACCCGUACGCAGUCGUGACAUGCGUGGGCCAGUCCAAAGCCACGGUAGGCAACAACAAGAAGACUAUGGACCCAGAGUGGAAUCAAACAUUUUCGUUCCCCGUGCGCGACGAGACCGCAUCCGUGCUGGUGAAAGUCAAGGACAAGGCGUUCCUUCCCAUGAGCUCCAUGGUGGGCGGCGUCGCGGUCGCGCUGGCGGACGUGGGCUGGAACCGCGUGUGGCGCCACUGGUUCACCCUUCGGCACGACACGUCCAACCAGCAUCAGUACCACCAGGUGCACGGCAACGGCGAAAUCGAGCUCACCCUUGAAUGGGUGCACGACACGUUUGUGGCUCGCACCGAUUCGUUCUUGGCACCUUCGCCUCCUCUGUCACCGCCGCUGGCUUCCGUUGCUCAAGACAAUGGGUGCUACCUAUGCAGCUGCACCUUUGUCCUGCACCGACGACGGUACUGCCGCCUGUGUCUGCGCGCCGUGUGCGUAAGCUGCUCGGACCGGCUGUUCCUCCCUGGGUUUAGUGAAGCCAAGCGGGUAUGUCUAGCUUGUUGCAACCUGCAAAUAGCACUACACAAGCAACCGCCGCCGAUGCCACCCCGACCCAUCCAACCAGCCCCUCGUCCCCAUCGGGAGGCCGACGUCCGCCGAGAAGCGGACAAAGCAGCGUUGGAGGACGCAUCCCGAGCCAACUUGCAGGCGAUGAUGCAGCGAGAACAAGAAGCGCGUCCGCUGGGUAUUGACGACUUUGACCUGAUCAAGGUGGUCGGGCGCGGCGCGUUCGGCAAGGUGAUGCUCGUGCGCAAGAAGAACGGCAAGAACGCCGGGGCCAUCUACGCCAUGAAGAUCCUCAAAAAGAUGCACAUCAUCCAGAACGACCAGGUCGAGAACACCAAGGCCGAGCAGCACAUCCUCAAGGAGAUCAACCACCCAUAUGUGGUGCGCCUGCGCUACGCGUUCCAAAACCCAGAUAAACUGUACCUUGUCAUGGACUACUACCCUGGCGGGUCCAUGUACUUUCACCUGAAAAAGUCCAAACGGUCAUAUAUAUAUAGCAGUUUCAACUCUGACUUUUGACGGGGUACUGUGUAGGUUCUCGGAAGAGCGGACACGGCUGUACAUGGCGCAGCUGCUCACAGCUAUCAUGCACCUCCAUUCUAAAGAUAUUGCGUAUCGAGAUCUGAAGCUCGAGAAUAUUCUCAUGGAUACCCAUGGUCACAUUGCACUGACAGACUUUGGACUGUCCAAGGAAGGCCAGACCAUUGACGGCGCGAUUCGAGCAUCCCAAGCGAACGGGGGAAUGAAGACCAUCUGCGGCACGGCCGAGUAUAUGGCGCCGGAACUGCUGCGCCACCAGCCGUACGGAAAGGUGGUGGACUGGUGGUCCUAUGGCAUCCUCCUCUUUGAGAUGCUCACGGGGCGGACGCCGUUUGUGGACCGAAAUCGGCGCGUCAUGUUCAAGAACAUCAUGGGGAGCGAAGUCGUGUACCCGGCGUACUUGAGUCCGUCGGCUCGGAAUUUGAUUUCCAGACUGCUGAUCCGAGACCCGAGCAAGCGACUGGGCAGCGGCGCGGGGGGGGGUCGGGAUAUCAUGGCCGACGAAUUCUUCGCCGUGGUGGAUUGGGAGGCAUUGCUGCGCAAGGAGAUUCAGCCGUCGUUCGUCCCCGAAGUGUCUGGCGCCGAGGACGUGACGAACGUGCCGGCGCAGUUUCAAAACAUGGCGGCAUUGGAUUCGCCCGUGGCCAAAGACAGCAACGCGCCGACCAACCACUUUGAAGACUUUAGCUACCAAGAAGAGACGAGAAUGGCCCCCCGCCACUACUAGUAGUUAGUGUUUGUAGCUACAAGUGCCGUAAUGAGCUGCAGUAUCGAGUCUGAGUUUUGGUUGUACAUCGAAGACAUGCAUGCGAUGAU